AUGCACAGUCGAAACAACGAACUGCCUUGUUUAAGGCAUUUGCCUUGUUUUGUCUAUUUUGUAGGGAACAUAGAGUUGUGGAAAUGGAAAGAGAAUUCGAAAGUUCAUCGAGAGAAGUUUAUUAGGCUGCGCGAAUAUGGAAAAACCCAUCCGAAAGAAAUCAAGGAGGUUAACGGAGUACGCUUUUACUGCUUGAAAGAGUUUCUCAUUGGUAAAGGAAAUGAUGGUACUCGAGUUUAUGUAGGAUUAGGGAAAGAUGGAUACGAGAGGGCUGUGAAAUGUUUGCGCAGAGACGCUUGUGCUGGCUUAGCUGAACAAGAAAAGGACGUUUUGAACGAACCCAAUGCAAAGAAGUCAAACCAUGUGGCAAAUUAUUAUUCUUUUGACGACGAAAGUGACAAAGAGUACUUCUUUUUAAUAAUGGAAUUAUGCGAGGAAACAUUGGAAACUUUUGUUGGUGGUAAGACUAAGAGUUUGGAAGAUCUGGUAGCAAAUGCGCCAGUUAUCAUUCAGCAAGUUUUGAAGGGAUUAGCUGAUCUCCAUCGCGAUCCAAAGCCCAUUUUGCAUUGA